AACAGUUCCGAUGUGAGCUCUCUCACCCACCUUUGAGAGGAACUAAAAAGAUAUCUGACAGCAGUUACUGCCCUCCAUCCACAUUCUCCGGGAUAGUCACUGGUUUUCAAUGUUCAGCCUGCUCUUUGUAAUGUUUCUGUGUUGAUUUGGACCAUACAUAUAUGGCGUAUGUGAGCGUCAGUGGAGACUUCUGCCAGGCACAGCACCUCGCCUUCGUGGACAAGUGAAUCGUCCGCCCCCCUCGGGACUACGCUACCCAGAAGCCCCCCUGAAGCCAGCACACUGGGAACCCCUGUCUCCUCCAACAGUCCCCUAGGAUAUCGCGUAGUCCAAGGCCAGAUUGCCCAGCUCUGUCCCCUGAGCGGCCAAUAAGGAAACUGCCUAGUUCUCUUCUACUUGCUGCUUUCUCUCCCAGAAGCCAAUCACAUACCACUCUCCUGAAUGGGCCGUCUCGCCAACAUGAACCGCCCUGCUGCAGUGGAGAUUACCUACGAGGGCAUGAGGUUCCUCAUCACACACAACCCCACCAACGCCACGCUCAACAAGUUCACUGAGGAGCUGAAGAAGUUUGAGGUGAACACGCUGGUGAGAGUGUGUGACGCCACCUACGAUAAGGUCCCAGUGGAGAAGGAGGGAAUCCAAGUUGUGGACUGGCCCUUUGAUGAUGGUGCCCCGCCCCCCACCCAGAUAGUGGAUGACUGGCUGAACCUGCUGAAGACAAAGUUCAGAAACGAGCCUGGCUGCUGUAUCGCCGUGCACUGUGUGGCGGGGCUGGGCCGAGCUCCAGUCCUGGUGGCCUUAGCGCUGAUUGAAACUGGGAUGAAGUAUGAGGAUGCGGUGCAGUUCAUACGACAGAAGAGACGUGGAGCGUUCAACUCCAAGCAGCUUCUUUACCUGGAGAAAUACAGACCCAAGAUGCGUCUGCGGUUCAAGGAUGCCAACGGCCCCAACUGUUGUGUCCAGUAAAGUGUCUGUGUGUGCGGCAUCUCAUCAAGAACACAGCAGCUAGUGGGAACAACAUUAUUCCAACCACGGGGAGAGAAAAUGAGAGAAAGCUGUCAGUAAUUAUUGUGAUUUGUUAACACUGAGACAUGGCUAGUUGAUCACAGAAUCGAUGAAUCAACGAGCAAAUGAUUACAUUUGAAUUAAUGCAAAUCUAGGGGUCCAACCAGCCGAACCAAUGAACAAGAAGGUCAACGCACACAGAUAUAGGCCCGCCUCCAAGAUACCAGGGUCCAAUCAUUUUUUUUUCCCAGCGUUGAAUCAUGGGAUAGCUCUUCCUCUUAUAUAUAUAUAUUAAUUUUUUUUACACGAAAGUUUAACAAUGGUGAGAAAAAAAAUCAACAAAUGUUAAAAUGGUAUCAAUAUUGAUGAUUUGUUUAUUUUUCUAUUAUUAAUUAUAUGAAUUAUGGAUUUGCCCAGGGUUAUGUACCUUUUUUUAGUGUUUGUAAACCCUUCAGCACAUUAGAAGAAAAACAAAAAAUUACUGUCCAUUUGGCUAUUGAUGUAUUUUUGUACAACACAAAAAGUUCCACUGAAAAUGCAGUAAUGUUUUUCUCUCCACCCCACUUGCUUGGAUUCACUUUUUAAUUACGGGGUUGGCUGGGUUUUAAAUAUGUCCGCUGUAUUUAUUCACUGGCUAUAACUAGCAAGGCAGUCUGGAGUUGAGUUGGGGCAAGGACACUUUUCUUUUUUCUUUUUUUGACUUUUUUUUUUUAUAAUUUAAAAAAAAUCUUGCGGGAGUGCAAUAUUCAGUCCACCUCGGAAAAGCCCCCAAACCCCUUAUGACCAUCUCACUCACUCACUCACUCACACACACACACACACACACACAAACACACAAACAAACAGAGCCAGUUUCACAGGAAGGCACUUGGCUAGUCUUACUGUAGGUACUUUUUUCCAUUCACCAAGGCUGCUUACUGGGUUUACAAUAGGACUUCCCUACAAUGACUGCGCAUGCAAACAGAUGCACACACACACAACGAUCUCAACUGUUAAUCCCUGGUCUCACUCUGAAGGAAAAGAGGUGGAAAAGAAAGCAAAUGGUCUGUUUUUUAUCAUCGUACCCAUUUUGAAGACAUCCUCAAUUCCUAUUGGUUUUAAAAUAAAUAAAGAAAUGGAAAUAAGAUUAA